UUUAUUAGAGGCUUGGCGCCCUUUAUACCCCUGUUCCAGAUAUUAUAGAUCGGGUCAAACGUAUUUUCGCGCACACUGGAGUCUAACAGUCUACUCAGCAUCUAGUUAUUAAUAUUGCUUAGUAAUCGUGUGUUUUAUUGUUUUAAAAUCCUCUUCAGGAGCACAUUUAAAAUUUGGAUUAAUACAGAUAUACCUAUGUCAAAUGUAUUAAUAAUAGCGAUAUUGUAUUAAUUGUUGGUAUUAAAAAUAUAGAAUAUGGAUACCGUUACGGUUCAUUAUUGGCCAACGGAAGCACAAGGUUGCUUAUCCGUACAACCAGUCACACUUUUCCUCACUAUCACGCUCAUACUUUCAUCGUGUACUACACUUAUGUUAUGCACAUCAGUUUGGACUAAUCAUUGGGAAAAUAUGGAAUGGGAUUUUCAAGAAGCAAUAUCAGUGUUGAAAACACAAAAUAAAUCAUCAGAAUGGUACAAUAACGUAAAUACUGAAUGGCUAGUAAAUGGAAAUAUAUUAAAAAUAACAAUUAAUACAGCAAAGCCAUCUCCAAUAAAUAAUGGAGAUGCCUUAUUAGUUUUGGCUACAGCAAAUCAAUAUCAUCAAGCGGAUUUGUACGAUAUACACUCAUUAUUACAGCUAACAGAAGAAAGAACUACGGUUAUACUUGCACCAAUGUAUGGUGGGAUAUGGACUUUAUGUAUCUCUCUAACAGAAGAUCAGUUAGUACAACUGUACCGAGAAACAUACAAUACAAUGGGAUUAAUGUUACCCAAAUGUGUGAAUUAUUUAGCUGAAGAAUCUACAGAAGAAGACCAUUUUAAACCAGACUGGCAUCAUAGAAUGCAAAAUGUGUCAAUAUCAUGUGCGUUGGUAUGCAUUAUAAUAAUUGUUACUGCAUCAUUGAUUGGUCUUUUUUCUAUUUUCCGUCAUCAAAUUAGUGCUAUGCUAAUCACUGCUGUAAUGUAUUUAUUAGCAGCAACUUUUGGUUUGUUCACAUUGGGAAUAAUGCACAAUAAACAUCAUUCAAGAAAAACGCAUAGCCAGAAUAAUUGCAAUCAAUCACUAGCACUUAUUGAUGGCAUGAUCAAUGUCAAUGGAAAUAUGUGUCAAACAAUACAUUUUUGGGAACAAUUGCUGACUGCUAGAAUAUAUUCACUAGGCUGGAGUGUAAGUUUAGGAUGGGUAGCAGUUAUUUUAUGUAUUUUAACUAGCUGUCUAUGGAUUAUUUUAUCUAAGAUAAUGAGAUUCACUAUAAAAUAG